AUGAAGUGGGCGAUUGUCUCAAGUUUAGUGCUCAGCUUGGCUCUUCCUGUCAUUUCUUCUCCUGUCUCUGCGGAUAAUGUACCACACAAGAUAUAUAACGGAGAAGAUGACUACUCAAAGUCUCAAGUACGAGGCGCCAAUGUAGAAAUUGUCUCUUCCCUAGAAGAAAGACAGUCGGCAUUAGAUCUUGGAUCUUUUCCCCUGGCCUUUCAUCUACCACCCAAUUCUGUCAUGUUCCAGGUUGCAGUAAAAGCCACACCUGGUGAGGGAGGAAAAGUAACAGGAUCCAUCAAGGCAAUUUGCGUGGAAUGUUUCACCACCGGCAAUGCAAUCGUUACGACUACUUAUUAUAUGCAAUGCAAUAAAAAGUUACCUGCUAGAGCCUCUAGAGGCCUAGCCGUCCUAUAUAGUCUUAGACUGAACGUGGACGUAAAUGAAAUCAAUCAAUCAAUCGUUACGACUACCGGAGUGGAAACGGAUGAUUCCAUCUUAGGAGACUUUCUACAUUUCCUGACAAACCCCACGGAAUUCAUCGUCGACGCACUCGAUCUGAACCUAAGACUCGGUUUUCUAGGGGUCACUGGACAUUUCGAGAUAGACAUUGCGUUCGCCGUAGCAGGAACUUAUACCGUUCCUAUAUUCACAUCAGAAAGUCUUCUCGGUAUUCAGCUUAAUGACAAAGACUCGAUUGGAUUGAUAUUUGAGAUUGAAUUGGUGUUUACAGUCACUGCACCGGUGGACGUUAUUACUGGUUUUGAAGUAGAAUUCCCAGAUGAUACGUUCAUCAUCCUAAAUUCACUCAGUGGAGAGCUGGUAGAGGAGAACCUGAAAGUAAUCAAAGCGAAAUCCAUAUCGGCAAAAUUCAAGUCCGGAGCUGGAUGCUUCAGUGUAGCUCUCAGAUUCAAACUAAAGGCGGGUACCUCUGUAGAAGUCUUCAAAUUCGGGUUCAAAUUCGAGGCAGGCGCAUACAUAGACGCUCCUCUAUACAAGGCUUGCAUUACUUACCAGCCAGACCAACCAUGCACCCUUAAUUUUAUCGAGAAUUUCAUAAUCGAUGUUGCUGUCUAUGCCGAAGCAGCAAAGACAAUCGACUAUUUAACAUGGGCAGCUGGGCCCAUCUUGGUAUCAACUCUGUACGUUGCGCCGUUGCCUUCAACGUGCUUUAUCAGUACCACUCCAUCAAUUCAGAAUGGUCUUGCAUCUUCGACAACAAGCAAUCCUAUGACUUCAACGCCAGAACUUGAAACAAUGUUGAGUAAGAGUACAUACGAGAUCCCUUCCACGACUAUCCCAUCAUCCUUAACCAAUUCUACAACAUCUUCUUCCUCUCCUAAAGAGUUGAGAAGCAGAACAGAACCUUUCCCCACAAAUUCGAGCAAUUCUACGGUUACAAGGGGGAUUUUAUAUGGUUCCGAUGUCUCGGCCGCAGCGACAGGUACACACAGCGGAGCGAGCUCAGGAACUUCAAUGGUACUAUUUCCAAAUUCAACCAGUGGCUCCAUCUCGCAUACCCGCCCCGUUCAAACAUAUGGCAAUAAGACCGAACCAUCUCCUUGGGGCGCCAUUCCGAUAGCUACUACCGACCAUAUCAUUAUCGUGCCCAUCGAGAGCAAGGAGCAUGAUGAUUCCACAUCUAUUUCAGAUGAUCUUCCAACCAUCACUGUUGAUUCUACAAGUACUUACACCAUCUACAGCUGUGCAAAGGAGGCCAUCUGGUGUCCAUCAACCCUGCUCUUUCCACUGGUUCUGACAAAGACCAUCACCGAAUCCACAGCCACCGGCUCCUCAUUCAGCUCCCCAAUAAGAACCUCCCCCAUUCGUAAAAUUUCAGAUCAACCAUCUCCCACCUCUAACUCUCUCUUUCAUUUUGCUCCACUCCCCGCUAUUGAUCCCUCCCAGUUCACCAGCUCACGCUCCGCUCUGAGCACUAGUACCCCAACCGUCAGCAUCACCGACGAUGUAACAUUCAUCGCUUGCCCCACCCCUAUUAUCGAACAAAUCGAAACCACCAUAAUCUAUUCAACAAUAGGUAUCUCCAUCGCCGCAUAUUCGCCUACCAUCCCCCAAGUCAUCAGCGGUAGCACCUGGUAUGUACCCGGACAAAGCCUAUGGAAUUCACCAGGUCCUGCUACAUCUACUGCCACAACUGGAGAACCCGGAGGACCAGAAGGGUACCCUGGCGUAGCUAAUAACGCUCUUUCUAGAAGAACCGGAACUGGUACGAUUGAGGCAGAUCUGAGUCGUGAUAAAAUCUGA